AUGGGAAUACAAGUCGACCAUGCCUUGCCCCCAAAGGCUUCGGGCGAGUCACAGCAUAUCAAUACCAAUGAACUGGAGCAUAUCCCAAUCGAGUUACCAGAGUUGACCACGUUUUGUGACAAGAGCUGCGUUCCACUACCUCAUCUGCUGCGAUUUAUCUGGGGUGCUGUGCUGAGGACCUAUACUGGCUCAAAUGAUAUUAGCUUUCGGUGCUUUUUCCCAGGACCUACUGGAAGCCAGCAGAGUUGGAAUGAGGAUGUGUGCCACCUUGAGAUGGCGCAAGAUAUCUCAGCCAUUAAUCUGCUGAAAGACACGAAGACGCAAAACUGGAGUCGUGAAGUGCGGAAUCAUGACCUUGAGAGGUGUGACACACUUUUGUGUUGGCAAACAGGGUCCACGGAUCUCUCGCAGCUUUUUCAGCAAUUUGAUACAACGAAGAUUCGCAUUUUUGUAAUUAUCGAGCAUCGUGCUGACAGUGUGCAAGCAGUCAUGCGCUACUGGAAGCCAAGUGUUGGCGAACUGCAAGCCAAAGGCAUGGCGGCUGCGGUAACCCUUGUCGCAAAGACGAUCAUUGAACAACCAUUUGCUGCUCUGAGCGAAAUCGAUAUGUGUGGCGAAAGUGACGUGCAAUUUCUUCAGAAAUGGAAUUCGAUCGAGCCCCUUUGGAAGGAUGAAUGUGUCCACGAAGCAAUCUCACGAUGGAGCUCGAAGAGUCCACAGAAAUUGGCAGUCAGUGCGUGGGACGGAAAGCUCACCUACGGCGAUCUGGACCGUCUCUCUUCAAACCUCGCAGAUCAUUUGAUAGAUUUAGGGGUUGGUCCGGACCAUUUCGUGGCCUUGUGCUUCGAAAAGUCCAAAUGGCUCAUUGUCUCUAUCCUAGGUGUUAUCAAGGCAGGUGGGGCAUAUGUCCUCCUUGAACCGGCUUAUACACAGGAUCGGAUGCAAAACAUCUGCGAUGAGCUUAAAGUAACCAUCAUUGUGGCCAGCGAGAGCUUGACACCAACCGCCAAGAGCCUCUCUAGUUCCGUUGUAACCUUUGGUGAACAUUCCAAGUUUAUGCGGAAGUCCUUAUGCAAGACCCAGCAUAAACCAGCCGACCUUGCAAAACCUCACAAUGCUCUCUACGGAGUCUUCACCUCCGGUUCCACCGGAAAGCCGAAAGCCAUCAUCGUUGAACAUGGAGCCUUCCAUAGCUGGGGACUGGCUACGGCGAAUUCCAUAUGUCUUGAUAGCAAUGCUCGGGUUCUUCAAUUCUCCAGCUUUGCUUUCCUUGUCGCCCAUCGUGAUGUCCUGCUCACGCUUAUCUUUGGAGCGUGCAUCUGUGUGCCAUCCGAGAAAGACCGCCUGAACAACCUGGAGUCGUUUAUGACAGAACAUCAAGUCAAUUGGGCCAAUCUCACCCCAUCUGUGGCUGCCUUAAUCAAUCCGACCAAGGUUCGCGACCUCAAGACUCUGGUCUUUACCGGUGAACCGAUGUCUAUCACAAGUCUCACUAUUUGGUCUGAGAAGGUAAAUCUCAUUUAUGCUUAUGGCCAAGCGGAGAGUGUAAGCAUAUCCAGCGUGAGAAAGAAUCCUAGACUUGAUGAGGAUCGAAUGAAUAUGGGGCACCGAGUCGGCAAAGCAAUAUGGCUAGUCGACCUGGAGGAUCAUGACAAGCUCGUCCCAGUGGGCGCAGUUGGCGAGCUGAUCGUUGAAGGGCCUGCAAUCGCUCGAGGAUACACGGACCAAGUCAAAACUGCAAAAGCAUUCCUCCGUGACACUGCGUGGCUAAGAAGGUUGCGCCCUCCUGGAUACCGCACAAGACUGUACAAGACUGGUGAUUUGGCCCAGUAUAACGACGAUGGCUCUCUUCGUUUCCUGUGUCGGAGAGACAAUGCAGUGAAACUUCACGGCCAGCGUGUGGAGCUAGACGAAGUUGAGCGACACGUCCGUAGAUGUAUCACUGAUAUGUCUGACGCGGGUAUUCAGGAUGUGGUGGUCGAUUUGAGUUCGUUGGAAGAAAAUCUCAAAUUGACUGUGUUUUUGGGAUUUGGCCAUACCUCUCCGCAAGCAAACGGAGACAUAAUCCUAGGGCCCUUGGAUCAAGCUCCUGUCUACUUGGAAGAGCUUGGGUCGAGGUUAGAACAAGAUGAGGUACCGCGAUCGAUGAUACCGACGCUCCUCAUCCCGUUAUCGCGCAUUCCACUCAACCCGUCCGGUAAAACGGAUCGCAAGAGACUGCGCCAGAUUGUAUCCGACAUGACACCAGAAGAGGCUGCUUGGUGUACUGGGUCGAACAACAGUGCAUUCGAAGUAGUGCAAAAUAAGGAGGAACUGAGCCUCCAAGAGCUGUGGUCUCAGGUUCUGAAUGUCGGCGCGUCUAGUAUUGGCAGAAACGACAAUUUCUUUCGACGUGGGGGCAAUUCUUUCGCGGCCAUGAAACUAGCUGCGCUCUCACAAGAUACUAGUACUCUUCUGAACUUCAGCGAGAUUUUUCUUCAUCCAACACUCUGCGCUCAGGCGCGAUUGGUUGGUGGCAGGACCUCGGAGCAGUUUAAAUACAGCAGCGAGCCUUUUAACUUGAUUUCAGGAGAAGAUGAACACCAGGAACUUCUCAGAUUGUGCAUGAAUGAUUGUUCAUUGUCAGAAUCCCAGAUAAAGGACAUGUAUCCGACCACACCGAUGCAGGCAGGACUUAUUGCUUUAACCACACUGUGGCCGGGCACUUACAUAUCACAACGAGUCUAUGAGAUCCAGAAUGACGUGUGCCUGACCACAUUGAAAGAGGCGUGGAAGGCAGUGUUCAAUGCAAAUCCCCCUUUGCGGACUCGUAUCAUCCAGCGGCCCUAUGGGGGGACUUUCCAAGUGGUCGUUCGUGGAUCAUUUGACUUCAAGAUACUCGACCAUGGGUUGGACGAAUAUUUGCAGCAAGACAAAGCUCUGCCGAUGCAAAUGGGUCAUCAGCUUGCGCGGCUGGCAUUUAUCCGAGGAGAAUCGGGGCAGCCGAAUGUCUGUGUUUUUACUGUGCAUCAUUGCGUUUACGAUGCUUGGACAAUUCCGUUGCUACUGGAACAAGUAAACGCCGCCUAUAAUGGACAGUCUCUGUCGCAUCGUCCAUUCAGUCCUUUUGUCAACUAUGUGGCAAGAUCCAACAAAAGCGCAGCACAUCAUUGGACAGCUGAGUUUUCUGGUCUAGACGCCGACGCGUUUCCGCCUUUGCCCAACCCAGCAUAUAUUCCCACCGCCACACGUUCAGAGCAACUUGAUGUUUUGCUUCCCCCUAACACUAACGGUAAUAAUGGCAUUACCUUGUCUAACCGAAUUGGACUCGCAUGGGCCUUGACGAUUGCACGGUACACGGCUUCGAAUGAUGUCGUUUUUGGUCUGACAGUUUCUGGUCGUGGUGCCCCCGUGUCUGGCAUUGACAAGGUAGCCGGCCCCACUAUUGCAACUAUUCCGCUUCGGAUGCAACUGAGAUCAACGGUCUCCAUCCAGGAUGAACUCCAGGCCCUCCAAGACCGCUUGGUUGCGACGCUGCCAUUCGAGCAGUAUGGUCUACAGAAUAUCAGAAAGUUAGGAGAGGAGGCCGAGCGAGCGUGCCAAUUCCAGAGUCUGCUCGUUAUCCAACAAAAUCUACUGCAGCCAGUGGAUGGUAUUCUUCGGAGCUCCCCCAUCGGCAAUGGUCGUCCCAUACUGGACACGUAUGCCUUGACAUUGCUUUGCACACCAGCUCCGAACGGUGAGUCCGUUAGUCUGGAGGCAAUCUUUGAUGGCACGGUCAUAGCGGAGGCUCAGCUGAAGAGGCUUUUGAAGCUUUUUGCGCACCUUCUCGCGCAGGUGAAUCUGUCACCAGAGCAAUCGAUAAGGAACAUCGAUGGAAUCGACGCUGAGGAUCUCGAGCAACUUCGAGUGUGGAACAGUCGGCCACCAUCGCCGAGUACACAAGGGGUCGUCGACUUGAUCAAGCAACAUGGUUUCACACAGCCAGAGGCAAUCGCGAUCGAUGCUUGGGACGGAUCAUUCUCGUACAGUGAGCUCGACAAACUGUCCUCAACAUUUGCCAUAACGUUAGCCGAGAAUGGUGUCCGACCGGAUACAUUUGUGCCACUGUGCAUUGAAAAGUCAAAAUGGGUCGCCGUUUCCAUUUUAGCAGUUCUGAAAUCUGGCGGUGCUUUCAUCCUUCUGGAUACUUCACACCCGACUGAACGCCUUCGGGUCAUCUGUCAAGACAGCGAGGCAUCUGUGGUUAUCUGUUCCGAAGGCCAGGUUCAUACCGCGCAUCAAUUGGGCUGCCAUCACGUCGUCCCAGUUGGCACACAGGAUGGUAAGCAAAUGGCCAAGCUCUCAGGUCGCACAAACGGCCGGCCUAUUCAGACAGUGCAUGGUAAAAAUGCGCUUUGCGCCGUCUUCACAUCUGGUUCGACUGGAAAGCCAAAAGGAAUCAUCCUCGAACACGCAGCGGUUACUACAAACGCAAUCUUCACUGGACCCGAAUUCCAAUUAAAUCAAAAAUCUCGCGUUUUCCAAUUUGCGUCUCAUGCUUUUGACGUGGCAGUUGCAGAUUACAUUUUCACUUUGAUUUGGGGAGGAUGCGUGUGUGUACCAAAUGAGACAGCGAGUCGGGAUGAUCUCGCCAAGACGAUAAAUGAACUAGAUGCCAACUGGACAUUCCUUACCCCUUCCGUGGCCCGGACACUUGAUCCCGAGUCUGUUCCAAAACUAAAGUCUUUGGUGCUUGGUGGUGAGGGUGCAAAACAAGUCGAUAUCGACACAUGGUCAGAGCGACUGCGAUUGAUCAAUCUUUAUGGCCCUGCUGAGUGCUCGGUAUACGGUAUACUGCAGACCAAAGUGCAGAAAGGCAGCAACCCGUCCAACGUUGGACAUACAGUGGCUGCUGCGUGCUGGUUAGUAGUUCCAGACAACUCGGAUCAGCUGGCACCGAUUGGGUCUAUUGGUGAGGUGUUGUUUGAAGGGCCAAUCGUGGGUCGAGGGUAUAUUGGACACCCAGAUAAUUCCGAGUCAUCUCCCUUCAUUCCAUAUCCCCAGUGGCUGCGCGCUCUGCGAUCUGAAAAUGAAGCAGCUGGUAGACUAUACCAAACGGGCGACCUGGCACGCUACAGUUCAAAAAAUGAUGGUUCCAUCGAAAUUGUCGGUCGUAAAGAUCAGCAAAUCAAACUCCGGGGCCAGAGAAUCGAACUUGGAGAGAUCGAGUAUCAGGUUGCACAAAAUAUCUCGAGUGCGGCAGAUACUGUGGUUGAUAUUAUCACGCCAUCACAUCUCAAAACUCCAAUGCUGGUCGCAUUCAUCAAAAGUCACGAGCGAUUUGCCACAGAAGAUACUCAAUCAAGCCUUUUCCCAACACCGAACGCGCAGUACCAAGCUGAAGUGACUCAAACAGAAUUAGCUCUUCGGAAUACACUUCCGCGUCAUAUGGUUCCGACUGUUUUUAUCCUGUUGGGGUACCUGCCACUGACCCCCAACGGUAAAGCCAAUCGGCGCCUUCUGAAGGAGAAGGCUUCAUUAAUCUCCCGGAAGCAACUGGAUGCGUACCGCACCGCCAGCACCCAUGCGAAGACUCUACCCUCAACACCGUUGGAGCACAAGCUCUAUAGCCUGAUGAGCGAAAUCCUCCACUUGGACUCAACCGAUAUUGGCAUGGACGAUAAUUUUUUCCAUCUCGGUGGAGAUUCGAUCAGUGCCAUGGCCAUGGCCGCUCAGGCUCGACGAGCAGGCCUGAAUCUAGGAAUGGUCGACAUUCUAACCAACCCACGGCUGUCUGCCCUUGUGACCCUGGUAACGAAACGGUCAACUUCCGCAAUUGAUGAUAAUGCAUACGUUGACAGCUCUGAUGGUGGACUGGCGCCGUUUUCAUUGAUUUCCUCAUGGAAAAACUACGAAUAUAUUGUCCAGGAAACCAUGGAGCAAUGCGGCCUUGUUGCAGAGCAGAUCGAAGACAUCUACCCUUGUACCCCAAUGCAAGAAGGACUAUUCGCCCUUACAAUGCACCAGCCCGAAGCCUAUGUGUGGAGGCUUGUCCUUGAGCUUUCUGAGGGUAUGAAUACGGUUCGAUUCCAAGACGCAUGGAACUCAGUUUAUCAAGCGAAUCCCAUCCUCCGCACCCGGAUCACUUCUGUUGGCGUCGACGGCCAAUUCUUCCAAGUCGUUGCUCGCGGCCCAAUUUCGUGGAGUUCUACAGAUGAACUGUUGGUUCGACCAGGGGCGCCGCUGUUCAACAUUCGAAUUCUCCACCCUCAGGAUAGCGAAGAUCUUCAGCACGCCCAAGUUGUUCUGACACUCCAUCAUGCCAUUUACGACGACGUUUCUAUCAAGUCUAUCCUCACUCAGCUUGAAGAGGCAUACAACGGAACGACACUGAACCUAAGACUGUAUAGUCCCUUUGUUGACCAUUGCUUGUCCCUCGCCACCACCAAACACCAGGAACUCGUAGACUUUUGGAAUGGAGAGCUGAAGGAUGCCACCUCGACUGCCUUCCCGGCGGUCCCUGAAGAUGGUUAUAUUCUACAAGCAUCCCAAUCCUUGGACCAUGAAUUCCCCUUCCGAUUCGAUCCGAGGGUGGGAGCUCCAUUGGCGUCCGUAAUCCACCUAGCCUGGGGGAUGGUUGUGUCGCACUUUACAGGGGAGAGAGAUGUGGUAUUCGGAACUGUUGUCAGCGGACGGGCGGCCAUGCUGAAGGAUAUCGAUCAGAUUUCCGGUCCAACGAUUGCGACGGUUCCAUUCCGAGUCCGCCAUGAUCCUGAUUGGACCGUCCAAGAAGCUCUUGAAAAAGUGCAGUCCAGCAGAGCACGGAUGGUUCCAUUUGAACAGACAGGAUUACAGCGCAUCGACCAAAUCGUCAACUCAGAGGCCUGUAGGUUCCGAAAUUUGCUGGUCAUACAAGCUCCAGGGGAAGAUCUUGUACCGGCCAACCCACUGUUUUCACAGGUUCAGAAUAAGAUGCCUCGUGGCACUUUUGACACCUACCCGCUUACAGUCACCUGUACACCAAUGCCAGAUUCAGUUAUGCUGCAAGCAGAGUUUGAUGAAAGCUUGAUUACAACGACUAUGAUGCGGCGCAUUCUGGCCCAUUUCGCUCACCUGCUCACACAUCUGACUGCAACGUGGCGGGCGCUUAUCUCGGACAUCCCCUCCAUUAGUGUAUCCGAUCUAGCGCAGCUACAGGCAUGGAGUGAGAAGUCGCCACCAGUUGUCGAAGAGAAUUCCUGCGUCCAUGAGCUUAUCCAACGCAGUGUAGUUAAGUCCCCGAAAGCCCCAGCAAUUUGUGCCUGGGAUGGUGACCUAUCAUACGAGCAACUGGAUCGCUUCUCAUCUCUACUGGAGACCGAGCUCCUCUCUCUAGAGCUGGAUCAAAAGACAAUUGUGCCAAUAUACUUUGAACCGUCCAAAUGGACAUCCGUUGCUGUUCUGGCAGUGAUGAAGGCUGGAAGAGCCUUUUUACUGUUGGAUUCCGGACACCCAACCCAGCGGCUUCGUGAAAUUUGCCAGCUUGUCGGGCCAUCUGUGAUAUUGAGCUCCAAAAGCAUGGCCUCACGUGCGGCCCUGCUGGCACCAGUCGCCAUUAUCACCGUCGAUGGAGAUGGCGCAUCAUGGAAAAAACGACAGAUUUGCGUCCUAGACAAACCGGUACAAAGGUCAACUGUAACACCAGACGAUUCUCUCUAUGUGGUCUUCACUUCUGGCUCCACUGGCCAGCCCAAGGGAAUUGUGAUUUCCCAUCGCGCAUUCAGCUCAAUGGCCAUAGCAUAUUCUCGCGCGAUGGGCGUCGGCCCGAACACGAGGGGCUUCUCCUUUGCAUCAUACGCUUUUGAUGUGAGUAUCACGGACAUGUUGGACCCACUGAUUACUGGAGGUUGUGUCUGUGUCCCAUCAAGCCUUGACCGAACCGGAAAUCUGGCCGAAGCGAUUAGUCGGCUGCGAGCCAACUUCAUCGAAAUCACACCUUCAAUGCUUCGAACUGUCCGCCCGGAAGAAGUGCCAUCUUUGAAGACAGUUGUUGUCAGUGGAGAGCCCCUCAACCGAGACAUUAUCGACAUUUGGGCCAGUAAGGUACACCUUAUUCAGGCAUACGGUCCUGCGGAAUGCUGCCCAAAUUCGACUGUGCGGACUGAACUCACGGUGAACUCCGACCCGUCUAAUAUUGGAGUGGGAGCUGGAUGUUGGCUUUGGAUUGUUGAUCCCACCGACCACGAACGAUUGGCGCCUAUUGGUGCGGUCGGAGAACUCCUGGUAGAAGGUCCUAUUGUUGGAUCUGGCUAUCUCAACAACCCGGAGAAGACUGCAGCUAGCUUUGUCCAUCCUCCUCGCUGGGCGAGAGCACCGCCAGCUGCCUCGAUGCAAACACGGUUCUACAAGACAGGUGAUCUGGUUCGAUAUGAUGAAGAUGGGUCGCUCAUCUUCCAAGGCCGCAAAGAUACGCAGGUGAAGAUUCGAGGACAGCGUGUAGAGAUCGCAGAGAUCGAAUAUCAUCUCGCCCAGCUAUUUCCUCUUGCUACUGGCUCAGCGGUGGAACUCCUUCAGUCGAAAACCAGCAAGUCACAGGAUCUAGUGGCUAUCAUCUUCUGUGGUGACGAGAUAUGGAAGAAAUCGAAUGCCAAGGACCCGGCUGGUCUCUUACCAUUGCUGGGAGCGCUUCCCACCAUCAAGAGUGUAUCGGACAUCAAAAUCCAGCUGGGUGAAACACUGCCUCGCUAUAUGAUCCCAACACGUUAUCAGAUGUGGGCGUCCAUGCCCACUUCCUUGUCAGCUAAACUCAAUCGCCAGCGGUUACAAGCUGAACUUCGAAGUCCUAGUGCGAGCGCAACUGUCAUUGAACUCCACGAACCAACUUCUGACUUCCAAAUGAUUGACCCGACCAACGUCACAGCUCUGUGUUUGAAUAAAAAGAUACUCUCCCGUGUCCAGAGCGAAACUGGAACCGGGCUCAUCGAUCGGGAUUUCCCCCUGUCUAUGUUGGGCUUGGACUCCAUUCAACUGAUCAUUCUUGUGACAUUCAUUCGCAACGAAUUCAAUGUUAAAGUUGCGGUGGCCACCCUUUAUGAUCCCAGGCUGACAGUUACUGGACUGGCUGAGAUGAUUUCAAGUUGUCAACAGGGAACAAACGGUGGCGCAGAGGUUUCACUGCCAGUGGUCGAUCUGUCGAGAGAAAUAAAGAAUAUCUAUCAUCAGUUUAACCAGCAUUCCAGAUCACUGUGUCUUCGAAAGAGGGUUUUCUUGACUGGCGCCACCGGACUACUAGGUUCGCAAACAUUGCGCCAAUUGCUCGAUGAUCCUUCAGUGGAUAAAGUGGUUGCUCAUGUGCGAGCACCUACCGCGGAAGAAGCGCUGAAACGUGUUGUAUCCACCGCGACUUUGGCCCAGUGGUGGUCGUCUUCCUACCUUGGCCGCAUUGAAUGCGUGUCAGGAGAUUUGUCCGCCCCACGUUUAGGUCUUCAGCCCGAAAAAUGGCGCAUGCUUUGCAAUGUCGGUGUCCGACCAGAGGACAGAAUCACUGCCAUUGUCCACAAUGGUGCAGCCGUUCAUUGGCAAGCCCCGUACCAGUCCCUGAAGCCCGUAAACGUUGAUUCCACCGUCGACUUGUUAGCCGCUCUCGAUCAAUGGGACCAACCGGGCAGCUUCACAUUCAUCUCCGGAGGACUGCAACGAGCCCCAACACAGGACAUAAAGAGCUUCAUGGAAGUUCUCCAGCGGUCCAAUGGAUAUAGCCAGACCAAGUUCGUCGCCGAAGAGCUUGUGUCCAUGUAUGCAAGCCGCCAUUCCAAGAACCACGUUUCAAUCGUCCGACCGGGUCUUAUCAUCGGUACUGAGAAGGAAGGUAUUCCAAAUAUUGACGAUUUUCAAUGGAAACUUGUUCAAGUAUGCCUCAGAAUGGGAUCCUAUCCUAUGGAAGAAGGGAAUUUGUGGCUCUCUGUGGCCGACGCGGAAGAGGUGGCAACGACUAUUCUGAAAUCAGCAUUUGAGACCACGCAGCAACACGAGACCACCCCAUCCGUUGUGAAUAUUGAAACUGGAAGCACUGUUUCUCAAUUUUGGGAAAUAGUCCAGGAAACAACAGGCACCAAACUCAAGCCCAUGAAGCCAGAACCAUGGAAAGAGGCCGCAGAGAGCUUUUUAGAAUCCGACGACCUUUUCCGUCCCUUGCUGGCCAUUGUGCAAGAUUCGCAACAAGGGUUUGGGCUUCACAAACCUGAGGGCGCCGAAAGUCUUCGUCCCGAGGUGAUCAAAAGGAAUGUGCAGACUCUUGUAGAUAUUGGAUUCUUAUCUACAGCGCACAGUCCUGGAGAAUGUCUCGGCGUCAAUAACUGCGCGCGAUUACGGUGA